AUGUCUGAAAAUAUCGUUAUCAAAUCACUUCGUGGGCUUUGUUUAACAUAUCCUUCCUUAAGAUUAAUUGAAAAGGAAAAAAGUGGAGCUGGUCAUGAACCUGCACAUGCAGCAUAUGUUGGGUCUCAAAUGCUUUCAGCCGCUGUCUCUGGAAAUGUCUUUGCUUCGCCUUCAGUGACCGCAAUUCUAGCUGGAAUUCGCAGGGUUCAAUCGCCUCAUGGUACAUUAUUGAUUGUAAAAAAUUACACUGGUGACUGCUUAAACUUUGGUUUGGCGGCUGAACGAGCAAAAAGCGAAGGUAUUAAGGUUGACAUGAUCAUUGUGGGUGAUGAUGUUAGCAUCGGUAGGAACAGCGCUGUUGGUCGACGGGGUUUGGCAGGGACAGUUUUGGUGCAUAAGGCUGCAGGAGCUGUGGCUGCAGCAGGUGGAACGCUUGAAGAAACAAAAUCAGUAGCUAGUUUAGUGGCUGAAAAUAUCGGUACAAUUGGUGUCGCUUUUGAUCAUUGUAAAAUUCCUGGUUCAUCACAUAGUCCUACAUUGCCUAAAGGCAUCAUUGAGUUGGGCAUGGGUAUUCAUGGAGAACCGGGUUUUCAAAAAAUUCCACUUCCGCCUUCCCGUGAUCUCGUUCAUAAAAUGUUAGAUACAAUAAUAAAUACAGAUGAUCCUGAAAGAUCUUAUUUAGAUAUUCAUCCGGAGAAAAAUUCGAUUGUUUUACUUGUUAAUAACCUUGGUGGUCUUUCUACAUGUUUCUCAUUGACUAUACUCAAGUUACCAAAAGAUCAAGACAUAAUACAAAUGUUGGAUCAGCAUGUGGAAACUGCAGGUUGGGUUAAUCGAGUGCAUCUCGAUUGUUCUAGCUUAGAUACUAAAUUAGACGAAAAGGUUUCCAAUUCAAGCAUAAAGAAAUCUGAUGAUAAAUUUCCCCAGACUAUUCUUUGUGAUCCCAAACUUUUUGAAUCAACUCUGAAAUCUGUAUGUAAUGCGAUUAUUCUGGCUGAACCUGAUAUCACCCAUUAUGAUACGGUUGCUGGAGAUGGUGACUGCGGAACUACAGUUAAGAACUGCGCAAUUGAUAUUAUAAAAGCUUUGGAAGAAUGCCAAAUUAUUACGCAUGAUCCUGUUGAAGCAACUGUGCAAAUUGGCAAUAUUUUAGAAAAACAAGGGGGAACGAUCGGUUGUCUAUUUUGUAUCUUUUUAUAUGCACUCGCAAAUAGUUUGAGACAGGCUACAAAUUAUCAGCUUAGUGAAGACAAUCAAAAAUUCAUUAAUGCAAAGUGCUGGGCAGAAGCAUUGAAGAAUGCAUUGGCAACACUUGAAAAUUAUACACCUGCUAGAAUUGGCGACCGUACAAUGAUGGAUGUAUUAAUUCCAUUUAUCAACACUUUUUCAAGCAUUUUGGAUUCCGAAGACAGCGUCUUAAAAGCUUUAAAGUCUGCAGUAGAUUCGGCUAAAGAUAGUGUGGCGUCUACUAAAUUUUUAAAGCCCAAAUUUGGCAGAUCAACCUAUAUUUCUUAUGAUGAUAUCAAAGAUUCUGGUGUUCCUGAUCCUGGUGCUUAUGUUAUGUAUCAGGUUGUUAAAAGUAUUUAUUAUAAUUUACAACUUAAAUUAUAA